AUGUCGCACACUAUUGCUGGAAUUGAUGUUGCGUUUACAGAUGCAAACCCAAACUUCCACCAUUGGUGGACCGACUUCAAUCCAUCAACUCAAAUUCUGCCCAAAGGGUAUAGGCGCGAACCAGAUCGCCUGGCUCUGAAGGAAGAUCUCAUAUGGGAGAAAGACGUGGCAAUUCCACUUCGGGAUGGGGUUCAUCUGCGAGCCGAUAUUUUCAGGCCUGCCAAACUAGAUGGCCACAAGCUUCCCGCUCUUCUUCCAUGGUCGCCAUAUGGUAAAACCGGCUCUGGCCAUCACCAAACAACCGAGUUCACAUGGCUUGGAGUACCAAAAAGCUCUUUGAGCGGCCUGGAAAAGUUCGAGGCUCCAGAUCCAGCCGAGUGGUGCCCCAGGGGCUACGUUAUCGUGCAACCAGAUGCACGGGGCUGUUACAACUCGGAAGGUGACAUCUUCAUUUUUGGUUCUCAGGAAGGAAGAGAUGGCUACGAUACUAUAGAGUGGAUCGCCAAACAGCCCUGGAGUAAUGAGUCAGUCGCGCUAGUUGGUAACUCGUGGCUUGCAAUUACCCAGUGGUUGAUCGCGGCGGAACAGCCUCCUCAUCUGAAGGCAAUUGCCCCUUGGGAAGGGAUUGGAGACUUUUACCGAGAGAGUAUUUGCCGUGGAGGCAUCCCAAAUUUCAAAUUCUGGGACUUGCUCAUGCAAGAAUUUAACGGCAAGAAUAAGCGCGAGGAUGUUGUUUCCAUGAUUGAAAAGUACCCCCUCAUGAAUGCUUACUGGGAAGACAAGAAGCCGAAGUUGGAAAACAUCAAAAUUCCCAUGUAUGUUUUGGCCAGCUACUCAACGGGUCUUCAUACCGAGGGUUCUAUCCGAGGCUGGAAGUAUGCCAACUCCAAAGACAAAUGGUUGCGAAUCCACCCAACCCAGGAGUGGUUUGAUAUAUACCAACCAGAGACUAAUGAUGAUUUGCAACGCUUCUUGGACCACUAUCUUUUGGGUACUGACAAUGGUUGGGAGUCAACACCAAAGAUACGUCUUUCUCUGCUGCGGUACAAUGGGCCUCCAGUAUCAUUUCGAGCCGAAGACAACUACCCUCCAAAGAGGACAAAGUACGAGACCUUCUUCUUGGAUGGCACCAGCAGCAAGCUGACCGCGGAUGCCCCGUCGACUGAUGUGAUCACCACUUACCAGUCGGACUCUUGGGAGGAUGAUGGUGCACACUUUUCCUGGACGUUCUCCAGAUAUACCGAGCUGUGUGGCUUCUCAAAAGCAAAGCUGUUCAUGUCAUGCGAUGACUUUGAUGACAUGGACGUUUACCUCAUCGUCCGAAAGCUUGACAAGGAAGGAAAUGCUCUUCUCAAUUAUAACAUUCCAUUUACCCACCAGAAGCCUGGGACGCAGCUCGGAGAUAUUCCGGACGAGAACAUCUACAAGUACGUUGGGCCGAGCGGACGCCUGCGGGCUUCGAAACGGAUGACGGCAGAUGAGCCAGGCCUCACUGAUGAAAUGCGCGCGCGCAAAGACCCAACUGAGCUGUGGUAUCCACACUACGAGUCACAAAAAGUGACGCCGGGAGACGUGGUGGAGCUCGACAUUGCAAUCUGGCCGGGUGGUAUCGUGUUCGAGCAAGGCGAGUCACUGAGAUUCGAGAUUAAAGGUCAUGAUCCGAUCCUCCCCGAGUAUCCUCCGCUGUUCAAGAGCCUCACGAAUUUGAAUGUCGGAAAGCACAAGAUUCAUACUGGGCCAAAGUUCAAGAGUUCGGUCACCUUGCCGCUCAUCUCAUAUUAG